GUAAGUGUUGACACACAGUCGGCGGACCCGCCCCCUGGAACACCAGACAGCAACCUGCUCCGGCGUUGGGGGCGAUCCUACGAUCCACCACCACCGAGACACACCGCUCGAUGAUGUUCUAAACCCGUCGGCUUUGGUAAGAAAUCGCAAAUUGUACACUCCGUCGCCAGGGCAGACUUGUAGCCUAGAUUAUGUAGGCUACAUCCAGUGGUAGACAGUAGAAAUCUGAAUAUAAGAAUGAGUAUCCCUUCCAGCAGAUCACGUCUCUGUUCCUCGCAAUACUCAGAGCAUCUCAUAGACUCAUUCUGGCUUCCAAUCGCUACUACUUUCAUUCAACUGCUUUUGAAAACCAUCCAAAGAUUCCAAACAUCCACAACACCAUGGCCCCCCCCUUCCCGUCCCCAACCACGAAGUGGCACGACAGCACUUAUGAAUCCCUCUCCCCGACCCGCCCCGAGCUGUCGGCCAAGGGCAAGACAGUCCUCAUAACCGGAGGCGGCACUGGCAUCGGCGCCGAGACAGCGCGCUAUUUCGCCGCGGCGGGCGCCUCGCGGAUCGCCCUCCUCGGCCGCCGCGAACAGCCGCUUCUCGAGACCAAAGCCUCCAUCGAGCGCCAGUUCCCCGGCGUCGACGUCUUCGUGGCGCCCACCGACGUCACCGUGAAGAGCCAGGUGGACGCAGCGUUCGCCAACUUCCUCGGCCGCGACGGCAAGCUCGACGUCGCGGUCAGCAACGCGGCCAUCAUCGGCCCCCACGAGACUGUGGACGAGGUGGACGCAGAUAAGUUCAUCGACGGCGUCAGCCAGAACCUCCGCGGCGCGCUGUUGGUUGCGCAGGCGUUCCUGCGCCAUGCGGCCAAGGACGCCGUCGCCAUCAAUGUCUCGUCCUCGGCUGCCCAUCAAAAGUUUCGGCCCGCGAAGUUUGUUUCCUACAGCACGGCCAAGAUGGCCGCCGUCCGGCUCUGGGACUCGCUCGCCACUUCGUACCCGCACCUGAGCGUUUUCCAUCUCCAGCCCGGCAUCGUGGAUACGGAUAUGAACAAGCAGGCGGGCGGUGUCAAGGCCGCUGGCUUUGAGGAUAAUGUUUCCCUGCCGGCAAGCUUCAUGCUCUGGCUCGCGAGCCCCGAGGCGCGUUUCUUGAAGGGCAAGUUCUUGUGGGCGAACUGGGAUGUCGAGGAACUCAAGGCCCGCCGUAAUGAGUUGGAAUCGACCACGGUGCUGAACAUUGAUCUUGGUGGAUGGCCGUUUGGCGAGUCUGAUUACAGCCCCAAGUACAACUGGUAGUCAGACGAUGCAAUUUCCGCGUUGUCUACUUCUUCGUUGCCUUAGGUAUUGCUAGAAAUACCUACCUACCUACCUACUAGGUACACAUACAAUUGCUGGCGCGAGCCAUGCUGCAAAUAGACUACCUAGUAUAAUCUGCUGAGGUCGAAUUCAUGUUUGAUAGUGCGCGAUCCCAUAAUCAACGCCAGCUUCUAGUUGAAGCGAGACCAUAUCCAGCAA